UGUUGGUGUUUGGCUACACCCGGCUACACUUGACACAGUCUCUGCGUACCUCUUGGGGAGACGAUACUCCACUAUCAAUACAUUCCAAUAAUCUUGUCGUCAUCACUGCAGAUCAUUUCAUUUUCUAAAGUGGCUGAAGAAUCGUUAUUAGAUACAUUAAAUACUCAGAUGUAUACAUUUCAAGGAGUCACAUCAGCCUAGUGUUACACGUUUCUCAUAUGUGAUAUCAUCGAUUGAAACAAUCGACGUCAACAUAGCAAGUAUUGCAACAGCUUGUUGAACAAAAUGAGUUCAAGUUAGAUCCGAAUGCACUCAACAUAAAGGUACAGCAUGGCGGAUACUCAACCUGACCAGAAAUCUCAAGCCUCGGAAGAAACUAAACAUACUGACCAAAGCAAGGACGCUCCAAGCAAAUCGUCCCCGAAGGAAAACAGCUCCUUGUUGGACUUCACGAGAGAAAUCAAGUCCUAUAAACGUCGGUGGUAUGUUCUGGGCGUAUUCGCGUAUGCUGCGCUCCUCCAGGCAGGGAUAUGGAACACUUUCGGACCUAUUGCUCAGUCAGCAAAGGCUGUGUUCGGGUGGACAGAUGCCCAUAUAGCACUGUUUUACAACGGUGGGAAUAUUGGCUAUUUUAUUUUCAUGUUUCCCGUGGCUUGGCUGAUGGACGUGAAAGGUCUGAGGACGUCGAUGCUGGCGUGUGCAGUGCUGUUGGUGUUGGCAACGUCGAUAAGGUGCAUUACGAGCGAACCAGUACCAGCGACAUGGUUGAUAAAUAUCUCAGCCGUGAUGAAUGGUGUAGCUGGCACUGUACCCAUGGCCGGCCCCGCCCUCCUCUCCGCCACGUGGUUUCCCCCCAAACAGAGGGCCACUGCAACAGCCAUGUCGACUGUUUUCUUCUACUUGGGCAUGUCUCUUGGCUUCAUCAUUGGUCCCCUCCUGGUACCAGAACCAGGUGGGUCGUUCUUGAGUGUCGGCCAAAUGCUUCAUCUGAACACAUCUGUCCGGAAAGAUGAAGGAGCCUAUGUCCACACUUCAGCCACUGACCUUGUCGCGGAAAGAGACGGUAUCAUGAAGCUCAUGUAUGUAGAAUGUGCGGCGUGUGUGCUGUUGCUGCUCCUGGUGGUGGUGUACUUCCCCGCCAAGCCCCCCUCUCCCCCCAGUCUCACAGCGUCUAUGGAAAGGACAAACUAUCUUGAGGGGCUCAAGGGACUUUGCACACACAGGCGCUUCCUUUUGAUUCUAACCGCCUACAGCAUCCCAGCCGGUGUAUACAGUGCCUUUAGCGCAGUCCUCGACGUAAACCUCAACGGCUUAGGAAUAACACAGAAUCAUGCCGGCUGGAUUGGGUUCUAUGCCACGAUUGGCGGUUGUUUUGCGGCGCUGAUCAUGUCAAGGAUCGCCGACAUUUUGAUGUACCGCAUGAAGUGUCUGCUGCUGUUCCUCUUCCUCCUGGCUGCAGUAUCUACGAUCUGGUUCGUCCUGCUGCGCCUGUCCUUCAUCCCCUUCGCCAUGUUGUACCUCUACAUAUCGUCCAUCCUGGUUGGCGUGUUCAUCAAUGGCUCUAUACCGCUGUUCUACGAGCUGGGGUGUGAAGCGUCUUACCCUAUAGCUGAGGGCGUGACGGCCGGGAUGCUGACCUCCAUGUACAACUUGGCCGGAAUCAUCUUCUUGUCUGUCCUCAUGAUACCUCAUAUAGGUGUCCAAUGGAUGAACUGGUGUCUUCUGGGGACAGUGAUAUUCGCCAUACCACUACUUAUAAUCUUCAAAGCUCAAUAUCCUCGGACCAACUUAGACACAAAGGAUAUACCUCAACCAAUACCCAGUAGUAGUGAAACAAAGACAGACAACACUGAAACACGGUGAUGAACAGCCGUCCAUCAUAUCAUACAUCUCGGAAUACAGCUGUUAUUACGUGUCUGCUGUUUUCUUCGAAAUGUUAAUUAGGAAACCCAAACAUAUCAAUAUAUUCCUAUUUUGUAAGCUGACUGUGAUUUAUAUUAUGUGAUAUGGGACUUGGCAAUACAUAUAUUCAUAUUAAAAGACACCUCAACACAGUCGGUAUGGUGCCCAGUGUUUAAAGGUGAAGACAUGGUUACACUGACAGUAGUGUGUUCCUGAUCUUCCAGACAGUUACUGACCUUGCACUAUACGUGAUACCUCAGUACUAUACAGGAAGCUCCCAGGACAAAGGGGGAAUACACAAUCUAAUGUAAACAACGAGCCAUGAUUAUAUAAUAUGUAUGUUUAUAUGUAUAUACAUGUACUACUCAUGCGUAAUAAUACAGGGUAAUGUGAACACGUCCUUUCUAUCAGGGAAUAUUCAGAGUAGUGUAUACACCCCGGUUCUAUCUGUGAAUCAUUGCAAUGAUGCAAGCUGCUACGUACACCGCAUGCAAUCGGUGAUUCCUGGGUUGAAAUGAUUCAUGCUAGUGUUACCACCAGGUUCCCUAGGUGAAAUGAUUCAUGCUAGUGUUAAAACCAAGGUCUCAGGGUGAAAUGAUUCAUGCUAGUGUUACCACCAGGUUCCCUAGGUGAAAUGAUUCAUGCUAGUGUUACCACUAG